AUGAAGCGAGAAACCGAAUCGUACUCGUUGGUCAUGGACCAACGGGGACCUCCCAUCUCUGCGAUGGCCUCAUUUUCCGACAUCUGGAAUCGAUUGACUGCCUUCGUGACCGGCAAGCAGUACACUUACACUGCACUGCCCGAAACCAUCACCCAGGACGACCUGCGACAGCGCGCCAAGGUGUGGGCCGACCGGCACAAAGCAGCAGUGAAGGUCACCAUGGCGGCCAUGCUCAUGACCGCCAUCGCGUUUUUCGUCGUCAGUUUCAUGCGAACAGCUGCCGCACAAUCGUGCGAUUCGGCGAGGGAAGGGUUCCAGUGCGAACCCGACAUCUCUUACUCAUGGGGCCAAUACUCCCCCUUCUACUCAGUCCCGUCGAACAUCUCAGCUUCGACGCCAGCAGAGUGUAAGGUCUCCUUUGCGCAGAUACUGUCGCGCCAUGGGGCCCGCUAUCCCACUGCAAGCAAAUAUGACGCUUACAGCGCCGUCAUUGAGCAGAUCCACGACGGCGUGACCGAGUACGGGAAGCAGUUCGAGUUCAUCAGGGACUACAACUACACGCUUGGUGUGGAUACGCUGACAGUCUUUGGCCAGCAGGAGCUGGUCAACUCGGGCGUCAAGUUCUACAAGCGGUACGAGAAGCUUGCAAUGACAGUCUCCCCUUUCGUGCGCACGACGGACCAGGAUCGUGUUCUUCACUCGGCGCUGAACUGGACGCAGGGCUUUCACCAGGCCCGGCUUGCGCACAACCACUCAGAUACACCGGACGCGUAUCCAUACGAUGUGCUGAUUAUCCCCGAAGGAGUCGGGCUUAACAACACGCUGAACCCAGAUACCUGCACCGCUUUUGAUGAGAGUGUGGACCUGGGCAGCAAGGCGCAAGAGGUUUGGUCGGCCAUCUUUGCACCGGCGAUUAUCGAGAGGUUCAACGACAACCUGCCCGGAGCCAACUUGACAGACCAGGACAUCAUCUCCCUGAUGGACAUGUGCCCAUUCGACACAGUCGCCGACGAUAAGGGCCACAUCUCUCCCUUCUGCGGUCUGUUCACGCUCGACGAAUGGCACAGCUACGACUACUUCCAGUCCCUGGGCAAGUGGUACGGCCACGGGAGUGGACAUCCCCUGGGGCCGACGCAAGGGGUGGGCUAUGUCAACGAGCUGAUCGCCAGACUCACAAGUAGCCCGGUCACGGAUAAUACGAGCACCAACACGACGCUCGACAGCUCUGAUUCGACCUUCCCACUUGGAAAUGUGCUGUACGCGGACUUUAGUCACGACAACGUCAUGACUAGCAUAUUCGCAGCCCUGGGGCUCUACAAUGCGACCCACCCCCUGCCGCAGACGACGAGGGAGGGUCCCAGGAAGACCAAGGGGUAUAGCGCAAGCUGGGCUGUCCCUUUUGCGGCGAGGAUGUACGUGGAGAAGCUGUCGUGCGGCGGCAGCGACGAGGAGCUGGUGCGCGUACUGGUCAAUGACAGGGUAAUACCACUUCUGAACUGUGACGCUGAUGAGCUGGGCCGCUGCACGCUGAGCAAGUUUGUGGACAGCCUGACCUUUGCUAGGGAUGGUGGGCACUGGGAUUCGUGCUUCGAGUGA